UGCCGCCCGCCCUCCCGGCCUCCCGCCGCCGCCAUGACUGAGGACACCAGCUCCCUGCCCUGGUCCAUCGUCAGGGAAGAUUACGAGCUGAAGGAGGUGAUCGGGAGUGGAGCUACUGCUGUGGUUCAGGCCGCCUACUGCAUACCAAAGAAAGAGCGGGUCGCCAUCAAACGCAUCAACCUGGAGAAAUGUCAGACCAGCAUGGACGAGCUCCUGAAAGAAAUCCAAGCUAUGAGCCAGUGCCAUCACAGGAACAUAGUUUCCUACUAUACCUCAUUUGUGGUGAAAGACGAGCUGUGGCUGGUGAUGAAGCUGCUCAGUGGCGGUUCUGUGUUAGAUAUUAUUAAACACGUGGUGGCCAGAGGAGACCACAAGACUGGGGUUCUGGAGGAGGCCGUCAUUGCAACCAUUAUGAAGGAGGUGCUGGAGGGGCUGGACUAUCUUCACAAGAACGGACAGAUUCACAGGGACGUGAAGGCGGGAAACAUUCUCCUCGGUGAAGAAGGCUCCGUUCAGAUUGCAGGGAGUGGAGCUACUGCUGUGGUUCAGGCCGCCUACUGCAUACCAAAGAAAGAGCGGGUCGCCAUCAAACGCAUCAACCUGGAGAAAUGUCAGACCAGCAUGGACGAGCUCCUGAAAGAAAUCCAAGCUAUGAGCCAGUGCCAUCACAGGAACAUAGUUUCCUACUAUACCUCAUUUGUGGUGAAAGACGAGCUGUGGCUGGUGAUGAAGCUGCUCAGUGGCGGUUCUGUGUUAGAUAUUAUUAAACACGUGGUGGCCAGAGGAGACCACAAGACUGGGGUUCUGGAGGAGGCCGUCAUUGCAACCAUUAUGAAGGAGGUGCUGGAGGGGCUGGACUAUCUUCACAAGAACGGACAGAUUCACAGGGACGUGAAGGCGGGAAACAUUCUCCUCGGUGAAGAAGGCUCCGUUCAGAUUGCAGAUUUUGGAGUAAGUGCAUUCCUCGCUACGGGAGGUGACAUGACCAGGAAUAAAGUGCGGAAGACGUUUGUGGGGACACCGUGCUGGAUGGCACCUGAAGUCAUGGAGCAGGUUAGGGGAUAUGAUUUCAAGGCAGACAUUUGGAGUUUUGGCAUCACAGCCAUUGAACUGGCUACAGGAGCAGCUCCUUAUCACAAGUACCCGCCUAUGAAGGUUUUGAUGUUAACACUUCAGAAUGACCCUCCGUCACUAGAGACCGGUGUGCAAGACAAGGAAAUGGUUAAAAGAUACGGCAAGUCUUUUAGGAAGAUGGUUUCACAAUGUCUACAGAAAGACCCGGAGAAAAGGCCUACAGCAGCUGAGCUAUUAAAACACAAGUUUUUUCAAAAAGCAAAGAACAAGGAAUACCUUGAAGAAAAAUUACUAACCCGAGCACCUACGAUAGCUGAGAGGUCAAAAAAGGUGAGACGUGUGCCAGGCUCCAGUGGCCGACUGCACAAGACAGAAGAUGGCGGCUGGGAGUGGAGCGACGAUGAGCUGGAUGAAGAGAGCGAAGAAGGGAAGGCUGCAGUGUCUCAGCUACGGUCCCCCAGAGUGAAGGAGUCAAUGCAGGCCCCAGAGCUCAUCGUAUCAACGGAGACGGCGGUCCCAACUCCACAGCCAAGCGGCCAAGUCCAGCAGCAAGUGCUACCUCAGCCCACAGCGAACGCCCCCGCGACUGCUCCUCACACCAACGUGGUGCCUACAGCCCAGCCUUCAGUCCCCUUGUCGGACCCUUCCCAGCAAACUGCAGCCCAGCAUCAGCUCCCAGCCUCCCAGGUUGCUCCUGGGUCUGAGGCACAUAAGCCCCCAAUCAGCCUUGUGCUGAGAUUACGAAAUCUGAAGAAGGAGUUGAAUGACAUACGAUUUGAAUUUACACCUGGGAGAGAUACAGCUGAUGGUGUUUCCCAAGAGCUGGUCUCAGCAGGACUUGUUGAUGGCAAAGAUGUGGUAAUAGUUGCAGCAAAUCUACAGAAAAUAGUUGACGAACCAGCUACCAAUAGAUCAGUCACCUUCAAAUUGGCCUGCGGGGCGGAAGAAUCCGAUCUACCAGACGACAUUAAACUCAUAGGAUUUGCACAACUUACCAUUAGUUAAAUCGCGAGAGAGAGAGAGAGAGAGAGAGAGAGACUGCUGAACCCGGUCUGUGAAUGGGUAUCUCACUGGUAUUGGCCUAAAAACGGAAGCGACUUCUGCCAAAGAGCGACGUAUUUGGUACAUGUGGGGGGUGGGUCUCCGUGCUCACCUCCUGUGAGGCACAAACCCCACUUGCUGCAAACUCAGCGUAAUAGGAAGUGAUUGGAGUGUUUGGACUACAUAAGUGAUGGAGCAUCAAGUGCUUUACUAGGUUACUUACUGCAUGCAAUAUCCAACCGUCUGGGCUCUCAACGGGCAGCGUUCACAUCCAUCUUUUUUUAAUUGCCUUAUUUUUGACUGACUACUGAUCAGAGAGAUUAGUUUUUCUCUCUCUUCCCCCACCCCC